AUGCUCGGCCUGAGGAGCAAGUGCCUCCAUCCCGCCUCCAAGAGGCCGUACAUCAAGUCGUCCAUGGGCGGCCUGGACAGGAGCAUCGAGGGCUGCCAGCACGGCUCUACGCACGCCUUUGUCGUCGAGUUUGAGAGCGAGCAGGACCGCGACUACUACGUCAACGAGGAUCCGGCGCAGGCCAGUUUCGUGCUCGAGGUGCUGCAGAAGCUGGACAAGGCGACGAUUCUCGACUUUUCGCCGGGUGUAUUUUGA